AUGACACUGCCGGUGUUUGCGAAGAAGGUGAAAAAGUUGGCUUCAUUCCAGCUAUUCAAUCUGAAACUGCUCAUCAACGGCGAAUCAAGCCGUGGUUUCAACAAGUUCAAGAAGCACUACAGACUCAAAUGUGAACUUGGUCGCGGUGGAUUCGGCAUCGUCUACAGAGCGAUUCGUGUCGCUGAUGAACUUCCAGUUGCUGUGAAGUUCAUUGAUCGACGAACAGUUCGUGAAUGGGGAAAGAUUAACGAUGAACAUCUCCCCAUGGAGAUCUGUAUGUUGGCAAAGUGCUCGAAGAUUCGAGGUGAGCAUUUCAGUCCGUUACGGCAAACUCGUCCAUCAGAGACUAAUUGA